CUGUCGAAACCUUAAAACCAAGUUGUUUAAUAAAAAUCACCAUCAGUCUAAAAAUAUCUUCCAGCGAGAUCAUUUUUACUUUCAAAACAGACCGGUAGCCGGCUCCAAAGUGUUGUCCUCCCUAUAAAGAUAAACCAAAACGAUAUCAACUAAUUCAUGAUGAUAAACCUGGUUCAAAAUGAAUGAUUAUAUCGUUAUUUGACUCACUUGGGAUAAUUCUCCCAUUUGACCAAAUACUCCAGUCUGCCUUUCCUCCUUCUCUGCCCUUGUAUCGCCUCCACCAUAUAAACGUUGGGGUCGGCGGGCUCUGCUUCAUCCUUGUCGUCGUCAUCGCCGCGGCUGGAGGAGGACACCGCCGAUUCUGGGACCCUCUUCCGGGCUCUCCUCGUCGCCUUCACAUCGACCAUACGGACGUCCAUUACCUCGACCGCCCACGCAUCUUUUGGAUGGAUGAUCGACUCCAUCGUUCUCUACGUACAAACAAUUAGCACAAAUUACAAUCAAUUAUUAAUUACUGAAGAAUAGGUAAUACUAGUUGUCCUGAAAUGAUAAAUGAUGUUAAAAAGGAAUAAGUAAACCAUCGCUUACCUUUUCUUAGUUCGAUCUAGCCCAAUUUUUACAAGGCAAAACUUUUUCUAUUUUUGACUCUUCUACCUUUCGUGAAAUUGGUAAAUUUGACGUAGAAAUUGUGACUUUGGAAUUGAAUAAACUAUCGAAACUGCUUUAAUUACUAAACUUUGGCCAAACCAAAGAGAAAAAAUUAAUCAAAGUCAGCACGAGGAGCACGAGAAGCACGAGGCAGCAGGCAGGAAGACGAGUGAGAGGGAUCUGAGAGCAAAACCGGAGUAGAGGCCGGCAGACGAGAAAAGCACGCUUCUCGCCUCGUUGGCAUAUUCCGAUUGGUGAGCAUGCAAAUGAGGAGGGGCCAAAUGCACGUGACCUCCGUGAAAGAUUGGGGUCGUGGGACGUUUGAGAUUCUGGGGCAAGAUGGAAUACCUGCAAGGAAGCACCCUUUCCAUGAAAAGACCCUUUUCAUGGCCCUUCUCUCAGAUCUUCAAGUACUUUGCAUAUUUAAUUCAUUUGCCCCCCGUCACACCCACUCGAAGGGAUGAAAAACAUGGAAAAAGGCAUGUUUUCAUGGGCUGCAAGAAAAUUCAAUUUUGCUAGGAUUUUUACAUUUCUGUAAUCAUAUCCAUUCAGCAGAAAUCUCAACUUUUUCGAAAUUAUCGAAUGUUCAAGACAUUCAAUCAAAGUGGGGUUAUCACAGUUCAAUCAGACCCGUGAUGAACAUGCUAAUUAUUGAUCCUCUCAUCCCAAUUAAUUAAGCGUUGUUUAAAACGUGCACAAUUUUAGUUUCAAUGAAUAUCUUUAUUAAUAUCAUGAAGUAAUGACGUUCAUAAUUAACUAAUUAGUAAACUUUGACACUCCCCAGCAGGGGGCACAUCUUAGUGUUUCAAACAAAAAAUUAGUUCCAUACGCCUCAUGAGCGAAUCCCCUGACGAAAGGUUUCUACACCUCCGGCCGCAUUAAAGAAUUCUUUGUUUGCCAUUUUCAUUACAAAAGUGAUAAUUUUUCAUACAUAUUUGAAACCUCCAAAAUUGGAAGUUCGUACACAUGAGCUUUUUCAUAUAAAACAAAUUUAAAACAAAACCAGUUUAUUAGCAAAUGAACGAAUUUGCAUGAAAAAUUUCAAGUGAUGAGUUUAACUGGAUUAACUUAGAUUUUUCCUCAUGCAAAAUUCACAAGCUUCUAAACUUUACAGAAAUACAGUCAAAGCUGAAAUUUAGCCUUUUAGCUUUUUCAUAUCAUCCAAUUUGCUAUUGUUUUAAGGAUUUACGAUACUGCAUACGACCACUGCCAGAUUCAAAUUGGUUUCAAUUCGUCGUGGGCCACACUUAUCACUGCCGCCCGAAGGGCCAGGAGUUGGUAAGAUCCUUCAUUACCUGAAAUAAACAUGAAAAUUUACACAAUAAUUUGCCAAAAUUGAACAAAACCUUUCCUGUUCUUAGGUAAUUUUACUUUAGGAACUCCAAGUGGUCUUCUGCCCACGUAACAAUUGUGGUUUUAUGACUCGAAGAAAGUGACCAUCGCUUUGUUAAGCGGAAAAAACGAAUCCAUCCACGUGGCUCACCAAGGGUGGAACUCUGUCCAGUUAUUAAUAGUCUCUUGUACUUUGUGGGGCGUCGUUUAACCCAAUUUACCAUGAAGAGAAACAAUCAGGUUUCCAGUUCCGGAAGGAAAAGCCGGAAACGGUAUUUUGCAGCGCCGUCCCAUCUUAGGCGAAAAAUGAUGUCGGUUCCACUCUCUAAAGAACUACGUUUGCGACACGGGAUCCGAGCCAUACCCAUCAAGAAGGGGGACGAAGUCAAAGUAACCAGAGGGUUCUUCAAAGGAACAAUCGGUAAAGUGUCGGACGUGUACCGGCUUCGAUUUGUAAUUUACAUCGACAGUGUUCGAAGGACCAAAGCAAACGGAACAGAUGUCCCAGUCCCUCUUCAUCCGUCCAAUGUUGUGCUUGUAAAAUUCCCCAUGCAUAACUCCAGACAAAUCCAGAUCGAAAGACGCUGCCAGGGACGAGUUGAAAGAAGUCAAAAAUGUUCUUAAUUAACAUUGAUUUACUAAAAGCGUCAUAAACCAUUUCGAACGAUCCUUUAUAAUAAAGAACGUAUCGUGAAUGAUAUAA